UAUUUCUCCCCUCUAGGUGGCGCUUUACAAUCCCUCUCUAACGGGCAACGAACCAAUUGAGUGAAAGGCGGGCCUGUUUUGUUCGUGCAGAACUACAUCUCCCAGCAGACCCCCCUCCAGCUUCGAAAUGGCUGCUCCAUCUUUCUGCACGCGAGCGUUCGAGUGGAACUCUCUGCUUUUAUUCCGGUCGCUCGUGAUGUUCCGCUCCGGUCCUUGGCCCCUGGUCCGUGGAAGGCUGCGAGCGCCUCUUAGCACGCUUGCCUGGUACCAGAUGGUCUUAAAGGGAAAAGGCUUGGGAAAACCAGUGACAGAGGAUUUCAGCAGAGUCAGCAUCUUGGAGCCUGGAAAACCACGGAGCCGCGAGGAAUUGCUGAAGCUACUAGAGACAUCUGUCAUCCACAGAGACGAUUCAUUUGUGGCCAUCAAUAAACCACCUGGUUUGCCCGUGGCAGGCAGACCAGAAGAGCUGACUUUGCUGUCUCUUCUACCAGAUCUAAGCCAGAAGCUGGACCUCCCACGGGAUCUCCAGGUGAUCAGAGCAGCUGGAAAAGAAAGUUCUGGACUUGUUCUGCUUUCAAGUUGUCAGAGUACAAUUCGUGACGCUCACAAUUUCUACAUUCAGUCUCGGAGUGCAAAACAACCUACUGCUACCUACUAUGCCAUUUGUACCCGGAUUCCUGCGGCCUUGGAGGGCAACAUUUGUACAUACCUCAAGAUGAUGCAGGUUGAAGGUUUUAACUUGGUGGUGCCAGUGGCUUCUCCUUCCCAUCGAAGCAUCAAAAGGAAAGAGGUGAAGAACACACUGACCCAAUAUAAGGUGCUGGACUCCCGAGAAGGCUGUGCGUUGCUGCAGCUGCAGCCAAUGACGGUUUUUUCCAGUCAGCUCCUGGUGCACCUGACCCUGAUCUUCAGCCCUGUUCUAGGGGACCAUGUAUAUUCUGCCCGUGUGGGGACUGUGUUGGGGCAGCCUUUUCUUCUGCCAGCUGAGAGCACCCUGCCACGGACACAGAUCUUGGAAGAAUCUCUCCUGAACCGGCUCCGUGUCCAGCAACGGCAUGUCCAUCGCUUGCCGCUUCAUCUCCACCUGCACCGGCUCCUCCUCCCGGCCGCCGGCUCCUCUUCUUCCAACCCUGUGCUCACUGCUCCUCCUCCGCCAUUUUUCCUGAAGACUCUUCAUCUUCUGGGACUUACUUUCCCACAGGAGACGAACAAGCCGUGAGACGAAGAUGUUCAGAGCAGGUUCCCCAAACCAGGAGGUGCUGUGUGAGAGGGCCAGUCUAGUGGGUUUGGGAGCCUCAAAAAAACCAGAAGCAGGUCUUUUGGGAAAGAGGCCACCUCUUGCUGCUGAAAGGAAGAACAGUCUUACCUUGUGUUGGCAAGAUGUUUAUUUGUUUCAUUUCUAGGCUGCUUUUCUCUCCUGGUGGGGAAACCCAAGGCAGCUCACAAAAGUGAUGAGGAAGGAAGCAGGACAUUUCUAAGAGGAAGGCCACCCGCCUAGCCUUCACCCAAGCAACUGAAGCUACUUCAAGGCGUUCUUUUCUUUUUCUCUUGAAGCCAACACCAAGAUCUGCCUUGGUUCUCAGAUUUUUGGUUCCCCCCCCCAGAGGAACAGAGCCUAGAUGGGCUGGUAACCAGCAGUCCCACUGUGUGUACAUGCUGGUGCCAUAGCAACUCAUGGGCAGGAGGUGACUUUAGAAGCUGGCCAGAAAAGGUGAGGCACCACCUCACUCCCACUAAAACCAGCAAGAAUACUGUGCUCUCCUUGGGAGCAGUGGGUUUGUGCCUUCCUCAUGUUGUGUGGGUGAAUCUCAGUGGAAUCAAUAAAAAAAAUAUGUUCGGUGUUCUUCCUUGCAAAAGAGGCAGAGGAAAUGGCGGGGCAGUCCAGUAGAUUGCCUGCUUGCAGGGGUGGGGUGGGGGUUAGCACACAGGCCUUGUUCACCUACUGUAGAUACUGGCACCGUCUCAGGGAAAUGGGAUUCAGGCCACUUUUCCCCUUCCCUCUUUAAAUAAAUUAACCUGAUUAAGUGGCGGUCCUGCCAAGAGUGUGGAAAUGUUGAAAUUACAGUGCAGUUUUUUUUUAGUUCAAUUGAAUUUACCUCAAACUCUCUUUUGGCAGAAAUAUGGUACUUAAUGGUCCCAAAUAAAUUGCUUUUGUCUA